AUGAUGAUCAGUAAAACAAACAUAUUUAAAACAGCCUUAGCAUGUGGGAAACAAAACCUGGUGUCACACACAGUGUUGACUUUCUUAACCAAAACCGCGACUAACGCCGAGACCCCGGCCGGCACCCUCCCCUAGUAUAGACUCUUACAUAUUCUCGUGAGACCCAUACAUACGCUCAAAUUGCACGAACUUCAGUUCUUAUUCACACUUAUUCAAAACCAGAGCAGAUUUCUGCAGCUCAAUUUGACCCGAUAUUUUGGAGAGUGUUGUUCGAAUGAGAGCCCGAUAGCUCAUAUGGAAAAACCAAUCUUCACAUUUGGCAGCAUAAGGCAGUUGAGGUUUGCUUUCUGCAUCUGCUUCCUCUUGUGGUUUCUGGCUUAUAUUUGCUCUGAUGAUUACGCGACAUUUUUUCCCCACGAAAGCCGCGUUAACUUGUUCCCCUUCUACGCGGAAACACAACCCGUUCUGAACGACCCAUGCUCCAGCCGGUACAUAUACAUUCAUGAUAUUCCUACAAGAUUCAACAGCGAAAUCCUCACCGACUGUCGCAAUCUCCUGGAAUCGGCGGAUUCUGAUAUGUGCCGGGCUGUGUUAAACAUGGGUCUCGGUCCUCAUGUAACGCGAUCUCGCGGGGAUGGGGCAUUUCUCGAAAGCAACAGUUGGUUUGUAACCCACCCACAUUUGUUAGAAGUCAUUUUUCACAACAGGAUGAAGCAGUAUAAGUGCUUAACAAAUGAUUCCUCAUUGGCUUCGGCUAUUUAUGUUCCGUUUUACGCUGGACUCGACCUCGGUCGUUACCUGUGGGGAUUUAACGCGUCGGCGAGAGAUUCGGGCGCUAUUGAUCUGUUCGAGUGGCUACUCGAAGAGCCCGAGUGGGAACGCAUGAAGGGCAGGGAUCACUUCCUCAUAGCCGGGAGGACUACUUGGGAUUUCAGGAGUCUAACUAACAUCGACCGUAACUGGGGAAACAAACUCAUGUACUUGCCUCAAGCGAAGAACGUGACGAUCCUGUCGCUCGAAUCGAGUCACUGGAUCAAGAGAGACUUCGCGAUUCCGUACCCAACGAAUUUCCAUCCCUCGAACGACGGCCAGGUGAUCGCAUGGCAGAACAAAAUGAGGAAACAGAAGAGGAAAUAUCUGUUCUCGUUUGUCGGUGCUCCAGGACCGAAACAGCGCGAUUCAAUCCGCGGCGAGAUCAUCAGUCAGUGCCUGGAGGCAGGGGAAAAGUGCAAGUGGUUAGAUUGUAAGAGCUCUUCUAGCGGAAAUUGCGACGACCUGAGUAAAGUGGUCAAAAUGUUCCGUAGCUCCACGUUCUGCUUACAGCCUCGUCGUGAUACGCCCACCCGGCGAUCCACUUUCGAUUCAAUCUUGGCCGGGUGCAUUCCCGUUUUCUUCAACAUGCAUUCGGCUUACGCCCAGUAUGCGUGGCAUUUACCAAAGAAAUACGCAAAAUACUCGGUACUCAUUCCGGAGAGUGACGUUAAACAUGCGAAAGCAGAUAUUGAGAAGACGCUUAGCGCAAUACCGGAAGAGGAAGUGGUGAAGAUGAGGGAGGAGGUUAUAAGGCUGGUUCCCAACAUAAUAUAUGCAAAUCCAUCUUCUUCAUCCAAGUUGGAGACCUUCGAAGAUGCAGUUGAUUUUGCAAUUAAGGGAGUUCUUGAGAGGGUGGACAAACUCGUGGAGGAGAUGAAGGAAAAGUAAGAAAGCUAUUUUCCUUUCUUUUUUUCCUUUUUCUCCCUCUUUUUCACUUUCGGGGUGGGGCCAAAAAGGUAAUUCAAAUCGUUCAUUUAUUUUGACUCGUCGAGUUUGUUGUACUAGUUGUAGGAGGGAUACCCCGUCAUUUUACACGGUGACAUUUAACUUC